CCCGCAGAGCUGCCAGCGCCCUGCCCCGGCUCAGGCCCGUGCGCGGCACUCGCAGUAGCUGCCAGGUGCCGGGCCGGGCACCACAGGGCCGCUCCCGCCCACAGGCUCGGCGCCGAGCUGGACCGAGCGGCGGCAGCUGCCCGCCGCGGCUCCAGGGGGAGGUUCCGCAGCCGGCUGCCCAGCGCGCCGGGAGCGGGACAGGCGGCGGCCGAAGCUCCGGGACUGCCGGCGCCGGGCUCCCCUCCGCCCGCGGGUCCUGCCCGCCUCUCGGCUGGGGAAAACACCUGCGCGGAGCCGAUUUCUUCUGGCAUGGAGUUGAGGAAUUAUGAACAGCCUGUUGUAAUGAGAGAGGAAAACAAACGAAGGAGAAGAAGAAUGAAGCCAUACAGCGCAGCAAGUAAUUUGUCUUCAAUGGAACUGAUAUCCAUUGAGUUCAUUCUGCCUACAAACAAUAAACACACUAAAAUGUCGGAAACAAUGUUACUCGAAAUAGCUGGCAACUGUACUGUUGAGCAAAUGAAAGCACAGAUUUGGAUGCGUGCAAUAGAGAUGAGCCAAACCACAGACUUUUACCAUAAAUUCACCCCAGAUCAAUUUAUUCUUCAAUAUCAAAAGAAAGGGCAGUGGUAUGAAAUUUAUGACAAACAUCAAGUAAUACAGACAUUGGACUGCAUACUGUAUUGGAAAGUGUUACAGAAAAAGGUAGGCAAAAUUCAUGUUGUCCAGAAGGAAAAACCAACAGAGGCGGUUCAGGAAUUUCAGACGCAGCUUAAUGAUUUAAUUGGCUAUGAUGUCACUGAUGUUAGUAAUGUGCAUGAUGAUGAGCUAGAAUUUACGCGUCGCAGAUUAGUCACACCACGAAUGAUUGAAGUAGCCUGCAGAGAUCCAAAAUUGUAUUCAAUGCAUCCAUGGAUUACAUCCAAGCCACUCCCAGAAUAUGUGUUUAAAAAGAUUACUAAUAACCAUAUUUUUAUAAUCAUACAUAGAGGAACAACUAGCCAAAAAAUUAAAGUAUCAAUUGAUGACACUCCAGAUAUGAUACUUCAGAGCUUUUUCACAAAAAUGGCAAAGAAGAAAUCUUUGAUGGAUAUUCCUGAGGAUCACAGUGAACUGGAUUUUGUUCUCAGGGUUUGUGGCAGAGAUGAGUAUAUCACAGGAGAGACGCCAAUCAAAGAUUUUCACUGGAUAAGACAGUGCCUGAAGAAUGGGGAAGAGAUCCACCUAGUACUAGAUGACCCUCCUGACCCCAAGGAGGAUGAGGUUCAGAAAGAAGAAUGGCCCUUGGUGGAUGACUGCACAGGUGGUACAGGAUAUCAUGAACAGCUGACAAUAGACGGAAAAGAUCAUGAGAGGGUGUUCAUUAUCUCUUUGUGGGACUGUAAUAGAAAAUUCAGGGUCAAGAUAGUUGGCAUUGAUAUCCCAGUGCUACCAAGAAAUACUGAACUUACUGUGUUUGUUGAGGCUAAUAUUCAACAUGGGCAACAACUUCUUUCACAGAGAAGGACCACAUCUAAGCCUUUUACUGAGGAGGUUCUGUGGAAUACUUGGGUUGAAUUUGAUAUUAAAAUUAAAGAUUUGCCUAAAGGAGCGCUACUAAAUCUACAGAUAUAUUGUGGCAAAGCACAGGCAUUAUCCACAAAGGUUAGCCUUCAGUCACAUGAUUCCCCCAACUCCGAUUCUAAAUGCAAAACUCAGCUACUCUAUUAUGUAAAUAUUUUGUUGAUUGAUCACCGUUCACUGCUACGUAGUGGGGAGUACGUGCUUCAUAUGUGGAAGAUUUCAGGUAAAGGGGAAGAGCAGGGAAGCAUCAAUGCUGACAAACUUACAUCAGCUACCAAUCCUGAUAAAGAAAACUCAAUGGCUAUCUCUAUUGUUUUGGAUAAAUAUUGCCACCCAAUAGCUUUGCCCAAACAUAGGAUAACAUCUGACCCCCAAGGGGAUAGGACAAGAGCUGAAAUGCCCAACCAGCUUCGCAAACAACUUGAAGCGAUCGUAGACACUGACCCACUUAAUCCACUUACUCCUGAGGACAAAGAAUUACUGUGGCAUUUUAGAUAUGAAAGCAUAAAGCACCCCAAGGCAUAUCCUAAGCUGCUUAGCUCAGUGAAGUGGGGACAGCAAGAAAUAGUGGCUAAAACAUACCAGUUGUUAGCUAAAAGAGAAGCUUGGGAUCAUAGCACUUUGGAUGUUGGACUAACAAUGCAACUUUUGGACUGUAACUUUUCGGAUGAAAAUGUAAGAGCAAUGGCCGUUCAAAAGCUGGAGAGCUUAGAAGAUGACGAUGUUCUGCAUUACCUUUUGCAACUAGUGCAGGCUGUGAAAUUUGAACCCUAUCAUGACAGCGCACUAGCCAGAUUUCUACUAAAACGAGGUUUGAGAAACAAAAGAAUUGGUCACUUUUUGUUUUGGUUUUUAAGAAGUGAGAUUGCUCAGUCCAUGCACUACCAGCAGAGGUUUGCUGUGAUCCUAGAAGCCUAUCUUAGGGGCUGUGGAAAAGCCAUGCUACAUGAUUUCAUGAAACAGGUUCAGAUAAUUAAGUUGCUGCAUAAAGUCACAAUGGAUAUAAAAUCAGUUUCUGCUGAAAAGUACGAUGUCACCUCUCAAGUUAUCACACAGCUGAAACAAAAGCUUGAAAAACUGCAGAACAGCAAACUUCCAGAAAGCUUUAGAGUUCCAUAUGACCCUGGGCUGAGAGCAGGAGCACUAGUGAUUGAAAAAUGCAAAGUAAUGGCAUCCAAGAAAAAGCCACUUUGGCUUGAAUUUAAAUGUGCAGACCCCACAGCCCUAUCAAAUGAAACCAUAGGCAUUAUCUUCAAACAUGGAGAUGACCUUCGCCAGGAUAUGCUUAUUUUACAGAUUCUUCGAAUUAUGGAAUCCAUUUGGGAAGCAGAAUCCUUGGACCUGUGUUUGUUGCCAUAUGGUUGCAUUUCUACGGGAAAUAAAAUAGGAAUGAUUGAAAUUGUGAAAGAUGCUACAACAAUUGCCAAAAUUCAGCAAAGUACAGUUGGCAACACAGGUGCAUUUAAGGAUGAAAUACUAAAUCAGUGGCUGAAAGACAGAUGUGUGAUUGAAGAAAAGUUUCAGGCAGCAGUGGAAAGAUUUGUUUAUUCUUGUUCUGGUUACUGUGUGGCAACCUUUGUACUUGGAAUAGGAGACAGACACAAUGACAACAUUAUGAUUACAGAAUCAGGUAAUCUCUUUCAUAUUGACUUUGGCCAUAUUCUUGGGAAUUACAAAAGCUUCCUUGGAAUUAAUAAGGAAAGAGUCCCUUUUGUGUUGACACCAGAUUUUCUUUUUGUCAUGGGAACUUCUGGAAAGAAGACAAGUCUGCAUUUCAGUAAAUUUCAGGACAUUUGUGUGAAGGCUUAUCUAUCUCUUCGACAUCACACAAACCUGCUGAUCAUUCUGUUUUCCAUGAUGCUAAUGACUGGAAUGCCCCAAUUAACCAGCAAAGAAGAUAUUGAAUAUAUCCGGGAUGCUCUAACUGUAGGUAAAAACGAGGAAGAUGCUAAAAAGCAUUUCCUGGAUCAGAUUGAGGUUUGCAGAGAUAAAGGCUGGACUGUGCAGUUUAACUGGUUUCUACAUCUUGUGCUUGGAAUCAAACAAGGAGUAGAAAAGCAUUCUGCCUAAUGUUUCUGUAAAAUAACUAUGGAUAUAACUAGAACAUUAACAAGUUUGGGUGUUUAUUUACAGCUUACUAGUAAUUGAACCGUCAAAGUUGCCUUUUAAUUUGCUAACAGUUUAAAUAGGACUUCUAAAAAUGGCAAACCGCUUUGCCCUGAACUUCAAGAACGUCAAUCUGUUUCUUACAGAAACAGAUUUUCUGGAGUUGCUGACAUUGCAAAUACUGUUUUUUAUUUGUUAGUAGCUUUGCUGAUGUGGCCUACAAUUUUCCCAUUUGUCUUCACUGUAGCUUCAGAAAAAGACAAAGCAGGGAGUGGAGCAUGAUGAUAGCCUGGGAACUGAAACAUGGGUGCCCUGUGACUUUCCCCUAAAUUAUGCAUGUUUGUCAGGCCCUUCAAGAGAAGGAGGAUUUUUAUUUAUUCAUUUUAAAUAAUCUGAUUGUAAGUUCUCCUACAGGACGUAUACUUCUUCAGGAGGGCUUUAUUACCAAGUGUUCUUCACCCUCAUUCUUCUCCUUCAUCCUUUCCUUAACUCCUUGUUCCUCCUUGACCAGGCCUGAAAGAGAGUCUAAGUUUAAAAAUUAGAUCAACCUAGCUAUGUUGCUCAGGGUUGUGAACAAUUUCAUGCUCACCACCAGUGUAACCACAGCUAGGUCGACGGAAGAAUUUUUCCAUUGGCCUAUACACCACCUCUGAGAGAUGGAUUAACUACAUUGGUGGAAAAAACAGUUGGUGGUUUUAAAAAAAAGAAAAAGGCUCAAGACCCAUUUAUAAAUGUUUAUGGCUUGUCAUGACCCACUAAAUAGUCUGGGGGUAGAGGCCCUGGGAUGGUUUCAGUCAGAUCCUGUCUCUUGGGGGGUUGGGUCCCGCCUGGCACUCACCCCACAGUGGCGGCUCCUGCAGCUCUUGUGCUGUAGGGCUAGCUGUGCUUGGCUCUCGACUCUGGGUGUUGCAACCUGCAAGGUUGCAGCACCGCUCAGGUGUGGCCCUGCCUGGAUUAAAUUUGUGUGAAUGGAGUUGUGACUUGGCUCAUUGGGUUGCAGUGUCACUCACUCAAGUUUGGCUUACCUGGACUCCUGUCCUGUUGAUAGCUGGGCCAAACCUGAGUGGUGCUGGGACCCUACAGGUUGCAGAGCUAGGAGGAGGGAGUGAGCCCAGACAGCCCCGUGGGACUAGAGCCACAGGAGCUGCCACAAAACCUUUUGAAACAUUCUGGUGACCCAGUUUUGUGUCCUAACCCAAAGGUUGAGAAACUGUGGUCUAGGGAGAACCUUACAUUACCAUUGGUGUAGCUUCCUGAACCAUAAAACCAAAGGCCUAAUUGGCCCUUCCACAGAAGUGCCCACAGACCAUCUCCUUUACCUUAAAGUUCCUGGGUUUGCUCCGAUAAUUUUCUUUUAAGUUUAAGAGUUUCAAUUGUCAUUUUUAAGUUCCUUUUUUAAAUGAACAUCCAAUACAUUAUGUUGAAUCUUGAUGCUUAUAUAGUUUUCUUGUGAAAUUACUGGAAUUCUGCCUAUACAUUAAAAGCUUUAUAAAAGUAACUUCCUUGUUCCUUAAAAGAAUCUUCUCUAAGAACAAUUGACAUUUUGCCAAAUGUUUAAGAAGCCCAAAGGUUAUUUAUUCUUCAGUGACAUAUUUUCAAGUUAUACCAAUCAGGAACGAAAUGUAAUCUUUGAAAUUGUGUAUAUUUUGCUAUUUAUAGUGUUUGUUUUAUUUUUAAAGUUCUUUUAAAAUAAUUGACUAUUGAGAAGCUAUUUAUGAAAGGAAUUGUUUAUUUUUAAUUUAAGUAUAAACUAAAUCUAAAGACAAGGAAAUACUGGGGGCAAAUAUUAGGUGUAUAUUUUUAACUAUUUCUCUAAUAGCAUAUCUGAAAAUAAUUAAUUGAUCCUAUUAAUAUAAGAAAAAACAAAACACAAUUUAUAGCAUGAAUUUUGCUUCUGACUUAAAUUAUUAAAAUACUCUCCCUGCUGAUUAAUUGAUUUUACCAAAGAGAGAAGACAGCUUACAGUGUGGCCUAUUCGCACUUGUGCCUAUGUAGUAGUUGCUUCUUUCAUUACAUAUUGACAUGGGUUCUACGUUAAACUCAGAUGAUCAACUAGAUUUGCUAAUUUCUGUUGUUGUUUGUAUCCAUCAUUUCACACUGUUGCUUAGAUUUUAACAAGAACUACUGAGUGUGCUCUUAAAAGAUUUGGAAUAAAUGUACUGUAGUUGGUAUCUCAAUUAUGAGAGAGAUAGCGAAUUUUUAGUUUUUAAAUGGAGGUGCUUAAUUGGUUGCUCUCCACAAAGGUAUUUUUGAUGUAUACGGUAAAUUCUGAUGAGGAGGUCCAAAAUGCUUACAUGUUGUUAUGAAAUCAUUUUCCAUUCUGACACAUAAUGACCCUGUGCAAAAUGGUUUUAAAAGCAUGCUGAGGUGUAACGUAUGAUUAGUAUUGUGUCUGUAACAUGAUAUUCUUGGUUUUGUGCUCUAUAGUCCUGAAAUGAAUUCUCUCUUAUUUGAUGAUAAAUCAUGAAAUAAAAGGAUUUCUUUUUCAAAAAUAAA